UUUGUGAGGCUGCUGCCGCGAGGUCUUCUGAUCUCUCGUGCAUCAGCUCCUACAAGCAGCCUUGCCUCCUGGGUUCUUUCUAACUGACGUACCCCGUCCCAGCUAGGGCCUAGGGUCACAACUUCCCUUCGUCAGUGACGCUGCUUCCAGAAAUGCGGCUGCGAGCUCCCGACACGUAUUACUAUUAGUAGCGCAAAAUACACAAGCGCGCGGCGCGCGAACACCCUGAAAUCGCUACUACUCUAGUAGUCUGAGUGAGUCACAGAGACUAGUAUUUCGUCGCUGACUUCGUCGUUCGGAACAACUCGUUCACGAAAAUGCCGCGCAUCACGCCAAGCUCUCGCCGCGGCACCCCUUCCGCCACGCGGCGCCGCCGCAUUGCCGCGCCUUCCGCCGCGUGGCCCGCGCCAUUCGCAAACUUCAACUUUGCCGCCGCCGUCGCGCCUCGCCUGCUCCUCCUGACGGCCCUCGCCGCCCUCGCGCUCACUGUCGCCGCGGAUUGCGCCUUCUCCGCCUCCAACCGUCUUGCAGUUCUCUCCGGCAGCGCUGGCCCUGCGGCGGCGGCGGCAGCGGCAGCGGCGGCGCCGCCUCCGCGCCUGUAUCACGCCUCCCUGCCCCUGCAUCAUGGCCGGCGCGUGCCGCCGAAGCAGCGCCUGCGGAUGGCCGCCGCUCCUCUUGCCCGCCCCGCCGCCGCCGCCGCCCGCGCCCGCGCGCGCCGCUCCCUCUUGAAGCGAGUUGACGCCACCGUCCAGGCGGCCGCGAGCGCCGCCGCCGCAGGGCCGGCGGUCCUUCUGGAAGCGUCGCAAUUGAGCGCGCUGGUGCAGCUGAACAAGGCAUGGCGCGCGUGGGGGAAGAACGGCAACGCCAGCACCGCGUGCGCAGCAUGGAAGGGCGUCACGUGCAGCCCCAAGGGGCUCGUCGUUGGCCUGGAUUCAAAUGAGUUUCCCCAAUCGGAUUCCUCUCCCACAGGCGCCAUGCCUGCCGCCAUCACUACUCUCGCCACUCUCCAGAACCUCGAUCUGACCAACGUUGAUCUGGUGGGGACCAUUCCAUCGCUCGCCAGUCUCACCAGCCUCACCCACCUGGCCCUUGGAUAUGACGGCAACACGGUGACUGGCACUCUAGAAGGACUCGCUUGGCUCUCCUCCCUCUCAAACCUGCAGACAUUGUUUCUUGGCUACUUUGCGGAAUUCACAGGCGACUUGUCCUCGCUGCACAUUCUCACUCACCUGAAGAGCCUUCAAAGCCUGACAGUCACCUCGUUUACCAAUGCCACGGGGGAGAUACCCUUGCAGAUUCGAUACAUGACUGGCCUCACUGCGCUCGACCUAUCCUUGCUCCGUGCUGUGGAGUUUCCCGAUUGGGUCACUCACCUCUCCAACCUGCAGUCUCUGAACGUGAACGCCGACGAUGAAAGGCGGCAAGGACUGCUGUCCGAUGACAUCUCGCUGCUCAAAACGCUCACCAGCCUAUCCAUCAGUGGCAACAACCUGGAGGGAUACCUGCCCAAGAGCUGGUCCACUCUGGUCAACCUGGAAUACCUAAACUUAGAAACCAACCGUCUCCAGGGCACCAUCCCAGCCACAUUCUCCACCCUAACAGCCCUUUCUGAAUUGAACCUUAGGAUGAACUUUCUUUCCGGCACGAUACCUGCUGCCUUCACUACCAACAUGGUGACACUAUCCCUUGGUUACAAUGCCUUCACUGGAAAUAUCCCGCCACACCUCGCACUGCCCAGCCUCUCUGAGCUGUCAUUGACCAACAAUCUGUUCACGGGAGGCAUUCCCAACGCCUUUACUCAGCUCACUGGCAUAAGUUAUAUGGACCUUGGUAACAACAGCCUCAGCUCAGGCCUGGAUGUGCUGGUUCAGAUGACGUGGCUCACAGGCAUUGACCUCAGUACCAACAACUUCUCCGGUGUGCUUCCAGCAUCUCUUACAGCUCUCACGGGCCUUGAUACCUUACUUAUUAGUGGCAAUCACUUCGUGGGAACCUUCCCCCAGCCUAUUCUGCAAUCCAAGAGCCUUUCUCUGCUGGACUUGAGCAACAACAGUUUCUCCGGGACCAUCCCCGACAAGUUGGCUACCAUUGCUACUCUGGCGGAUAUUGAUCUCAGCUACAACAAAUUCCAUGGGACUAUACCUUCCGGCGUGUUUAAACUCUCCUUGCUGGACUCGCUGCAAGUGGCCAACAACUUUCUUUCUGGCGGCCUUCCAGAGGCUCUCAGAGCCUCCCCCUCUCUUUACACGGUUAGCCUUAAAGGAAAUGGCUUCACAGGCCGCCUUCCAGACUUCUCUCUUUGGAAAGUCAGCAUCGGGUCGCUAGCUCUCAGCAACAACAACUUCACCGGGUCCAUUCCUGACUCCAUCUCCACCCUCACCAGUCUGGAGGCUGUCAUUCUCAACAACAACCAGCUGACAGGGUCCAUCCCUGCUGUUAUCUUCAACAUGACCACUCUCAAGCACCUCUAUCUGGCCAACAACAAGCUGAGUGGCAGUCUGCCAGCUGCCAUCAGUCAACUGGAGAAUCUUCAACAGAUCUGGCUGGACAACAACGGCAUUGAGGGCCCUCUGCCAUCCGCCAUCUGCUCCCUGCCCUCGCUGUGGCGCAUCAUGGUGGGCAACAACCACCUCUAUGGGCCGCUGCCAGAAUGCCUCUUCAACAAGUGUGUCAACCAAAUUGAUGUGAGCAACAACAGCCUGUAUGGGCGCAUCAACCGCAACUUCAAGAACAUGGUGGCAGACGGAGAUGCCCUCAUCAACUUGGCUCACAACUACUUCUACGGCGACGCCGUGCUCUUUGCUGCGGGCUGCCAGGUCUGCCCCAUGGAGAUCACUGAGCCGAACAGCCUGGACCAGGGAAACACCUUCGAUGCGUUUGCAGGGAAGUGCAGUGAUAGUGGAAUCUCAGGGUCGAGGGAUUACUCCGUGGCGGGGGUAGGCAAGAGUGCGAGUGUGAGUCUGUCCGGCAACUGCCUGACCCUCAGCCCGGAAGCGAACUGUGUGUCCAACGCCACCCAGCGCAGCGCGGCUGCCUGCCAGGCGUUCUGCAGCAUCACUAACAACGGCCCGUGUGACGGCCAUGGGGCAUGUGUGCCUCCUGCUCCUUCCUCCACUUCCACUUCCAAGCACUUCACGUGCCAGUGUGAUGCCGGGUACUCUGCUAUUGACUCAGGCAAUGGGUCCACAUGCGCUAUUGUCAACUCCACCACCACUACCGUCUCCUCACUGUCCACUGGUGCCAUAGUGGGCAUUGCUGUGGGCUGCUUUGCCGGCUUCAUGCUGCUGGCUGCUGUGCUCGCAUGGCUGCUGUGGCCCCGCGGCCAAAAGAAGUGGGAGGGGCUGGAUGUGUGCGAGCAGUUCUCGCUGCAGCAGAUGGUCAAGGCAACCAACAACUGGUCCAAGGAGAAUGUGCUUGGCAAGGGCGGCUUUGGUAUUGUCUACCAGGGCCUAUCACCGCAGGGGCAGCCGUGGGCUAUCAAGCGCUCCACUGUAAUGACCAACGACUUUGAGACGGAGGUGCGGGCCAUGGCGUCUCUCCACCACGCGAAUCUGGUGCGGCUGCUGGGAUUCUGUCUGGAUCAGAACCUUGACACGGGCAAGCAGGAGCAGAUCCUGGUGUACGAGUUUGUGGGCAACAGGGACUUGCAGUACCACAUCUACAAGACCAAGAACCCUCUCACGCUGCGCCAGAGGUUGCGCCUGGCACAGGGAGCAGCGGAGGGGCUGGCGUACCUGCACGGGUUUGAGAGGUCUAUUGUUCACCGUGACAUCAAACCGGCCAACAUCCUUGUGACUAAUGACAUGAACGCCAAGGUGGCUGACUUUGGCCUGCUCAAGCUGCUCACUCAUGGUGAUGCUGAUGCGACUCGAGUGGCGGGCACUCCUGGCUAUGUGGACCCCGACUACAACCGCACCAACAUUAUCACUGCUAAGAGUGAUGUCUUCAGCUUUGGCAUCGUGCUGCUGGAGUUGCUGAGUGGACAGCCGCCCCAAGUCCACAAGAAGUCCCACAUCAGAGAAUGGGCAAUGAAGCUGGUGGAGGCGUACGAGCUGGACGAGCUCAAGGACACCAGGCUGCAGGCUGGUGAGGAUUCCAUAGUGGACUUUGCUGACCUGGCUCUGGACUGCAUCAAGGCGCCGGGCACACGGCGCCCCGACAUGAAGGAGGUGGCGUACCGCCUCAACGCCCUCAUUGACAAGCACUGCCCCGACAAGGAGGAAGAGUGGGAGUCGGUGGCGCAAGAAGGGAGUUCAAGCACCGGAACCGGAGAAGACGAUGCGUCUUCAGGGACGAAUUCUGGCGUGACGUCUGGAAUGGGCGGAAGGGAGUCGUGGAUGACUCGCUCGCACGGUGGUGGGGGCUCAUUCACGAGGAUUGGCUCGAUCACCGAUGGCGUGAAGAGCUGGAUGCAGAUGAAGCCCACUAAGGGGUACUGAUUUGGCACUGCAUGGCUAUUGAAGAAAUGAACCUGGCAUAGAAGUACAUGUGUUUGUGGGGGUACUUAAAGCGAAAGGUCAAAAUAGUGAAGUCGGGUCCAGCUUGAAAAGGCCCAGACGUCCCUUUUUGCGACUAAGGGACAAACCUGCGACGCGGCAGAGGAUACACUGUCGAGAAAUGCAAGCAGGGGAAACUGGGCGAUAAGAUGCAGUUACCUGAUUGGUUGGCGGGGAAAACAUGACGUGCGGUGGGGAAAAUGGCUCGGGCAAUUUCGCAAGCAGCGCACCACCUGCCGCACAGACCCAACUGCUUGUGGGCUGCACCAAGUGGGCCCAACUUGAAGUUCAAGUUGGACCCGGGUUCACUACUCCGGCAAAACCAAGCCGGGGCCCCGAUUGGUCGAAAUGCUAACCGCGCAAAUCUGUGGUCGUAAAUUUUGUCGCCAAUGCGAAAUGUCGCAAUCGCAAUUCGAUUUCGUGGCCUACGGCUUGGUAAAAAACGGGGGCUGCUGUCAAACAUGUCUAUUUGUUAUGUUUGUAUAGACUGUAUAGGGUAGCCUCUUAGAGGGUACAACACUUAGCUAUAUUGUGUGUACUCUCCCUCUAUCAC